AUGUCUGACAAAACUGAAAAAAGAUAUCCUCUUAGAAGUAGGGAAAGGGAUCAAGUAGAUAUUGAUGGCAAUGAUCCUUCAGAUCAGCCACAAAACUUGCAAAUAGAUAACAUCGUUGAUGAUCUAGCAGAUAAUUUGCAAAGUUUAGAUAAUGAAACUGAAAAUGUUUCGGAAAAUGCUGAUUCUGUGUUAAAUGAUCGUACUGAAAAUGUAGACACUGUCGCUCCUGACCACAACGACGUAGUAGGUUUGGAUGAUGACGUCAGACACACUGAAUCUGACGUCAACAUUGCAAAUGAGCCAACAGUGGAGUCACACAGAUUAAGUGAUGGCACUGCUUCAGCUGAAACAUUGCCAACAGUAGAUAAUGGGGAGAUAGAAAUCAGCAAGGAGCAAAAUACGUUAUCUAUGUUAUUAUUACUUUCAAAAGAAACUAACGAAAACAUAGAUAAAAUAGAUAACGGGCAAAAUGACACUACAGAAGAGAUAAAAGCCGAGUUAAGAGAAACAAAAGGUGAUGUCAGGAAAGCAUAUGCAGUAAUGACUCAAAUCCAUAGCAAUUUUAAGGCCUUAGAACAAAAGGUAUCAAAACUUGAAGCUAAAACUGAGGCUUGUUCCAGAAAAAUAGAUCGAGAAACAAAAGAAUGGGGUAAGAAAUUAGAAUUAUGUAAGCUUGAGAUAAAUCAGAAGUUUGAUUGUAGAAUUAAAAAGCUGAAUGAUGAUAUGGGGGCUCAGGAUUGUGCAAUAUCAACAAUAAGUAGUAAUGUUAGCCAAGUAAUAAACGAGCAAAGCAAGGCUGCUAAAGAAUGUAAUGAUAAACAUGAACAGCAGUUAAGUGAGUUAGAAAACAUCAACGAUGAGCAGCAGGUACUUAGUCGUAAGGUUUUACAAAUAGGUGCUCAUUGUGGAGGUACCACAGAUGCGAUUCAAGAUAAAUUGAAGGAAUUUGAGCAAGCAAUUAACCAAUUUCCUGACAAAACUUCAGCAGCCAGAGCAGAGAAGGAGCUUCUCGACGGCAGCACGCAGAAUAGCAUCGAAGAAUAUCCUCUUAGAAGUAGGGAAAGGGAUCAAGUAGAUAUUGAUGGCAAUGAUCCUUCAGAUCAGCCACAAAACUUGCAAAUAGAUAACAUUGUUGAUGAUCUAGCAGAUAAUUUGCAAAGUUUAGGUAAUGAAACUGAAAAUGUUUCGGAAAAUGCUGAUUCUGUGUUAAAUGAUCGUACUGAAAAUGUAGACACUGUCGCUCCUGACCACAACGACGUAGUAGGUUUGGAUGAUGACGUCAGACACACUGAAUCUGACGUCAACAUUGCAAAUGAGCCAACAGUGGAGUCACACAGAUUAAGUGAUGGCACUGCUUCAGCUGAAACAUUGCCAACAGUAGAUAAUGGGGAGAUAGAAAUCAGCAAGGAGCAAAAUAUGUUAUCUAUGUUAUUAUUACUUUUAAAAGAAACUAACGAAAACAUAGAUAAAAUAGAUAACGGGCAAAAUGACACUACAGAAGAGAUAAAAGCCGAGUUAAGAGAAACAAAAGGUGAUGUCAGGAAAGCAUAUGCAGUAAUGACUCAAAUCCAUAGCAAUUUUAAGGCUUUAGAACAAAAGGUAUCAAAACUUGAAGCUAAAACUGAGGCUUGUUCCAGAAAAAUAGAUCGAGAAACAAAAGAAUGGGGUAAGAAAUUAGAAUUAUGUAAGCUUGAGAUAAAUCAGAAGUUUGAUUGUAGGAUUAAAAAGCUGAAUGAUGAUAUGGGGGCUCAGGGUUGUGUAAUAUCAACAAUAAGUAGUAAUGUUAGCCAAGUAAUAAACGAGCAAAGCAAGGCUGCUAAAGAAUGUAAUGAUAAACAUGAACAGCAGUUAAGUGAGUUAGAAAACAUCAAAGAUGAGCAGCAGAGGCAGUUCACGCCGAGCGCGCCCACUGGUGUCAUCGUAGCCGCCGUGUCAUCGUCCACCGCCGCCAGCGUACCGGAGCCAUCCUCGUACGGCCUCUAUUCGUCCUCGGACUCCGGUGACGGUAACGUGGACUCCGCGCCGCUCUUCAUGAGACGCCUGGGGCUUGGUUUGGUGAAGUUGUAUGGUUACUACUGA